UAUCAAACACUUUCACACACUCUCUCCUUCUCCCUCUCUCUUUAUCUCUCCCUCUUUUCUCUUUCUUUCUCUCUAUUCUUGGAGAACAAGUUCAAAUGGGAGAGAAUAUGUGCUGUUGAUUUUAAAAUUCUCAUGGAUGGUAGACAGGAGCUGAGAAACAACACCACCACCACCAAUCGUACUACUCUUCCUCCUUCCUCCUCCUCCUCUGCACCGAUGGCCAACUCAGCACUUUUCUCCGAUCACGAGAUUCCGAUGAUACCCAACAGCACCUUCUCUUCACUCUCAAGCAUCUUCGACUCAGAACCCGAACGGGGUUAUCUGGGUUUCAUGGAGUUGCUCGGCAACACGGACUUCGCUCCUGUGGUUGAUUUCGGGACCCAAACGACGCCGUCUGACUCGUUGGUGACGAUGAUGAUGCCACCUCAGCAGCAGCAGCAGCAAACACAAGCGCUUCCGUCGCCGGUGUCGUCUACAGUGCCAGAGAGUGGGACUAACUCCGAGGCCUUGAACUCGGGCGCCAAUACUGCUCCCACGACACCCAACUCGUCUUCGAUCUCGUCCUCGUCUAAUGAAGCUCAUGCGGCGAAUAAUAAUAAUGAGGAGCAAACCACGACAAAAGCAGGAGAUGAGGAAGAAGAUGCUGACCAGGAUCCGGACAAGACCCAGAAACAAUUGAAACCCAAAAAGAAGAACCAGAAAAGGCAGAGGGAGCCGAGAUUUGCGUUCAUGACCAAGAGCGAGGUCGAUAACCUAGACGACGGGUACAGAUGGCGCAAGUACGGCCAAAAAGCUGUCAAGAACAGCCCUUAUCCAAGGAGCUACUAUCGUUGCACCACAGCAGGUUGCGGUGUGAAGAAGAGGGUGGAGAGGUCCUCCGACGACCCUUCGAUUGUGGUGACGACUUACGAAGGCCAGCACACGCACCCGAGCCCGAUCACGCCGCGCGGCAGCAUGGGGAUGGCGCCGCUGCCGUCGGAGCUGUCCGGUCAUUUGUUCACCGGAGCGGGCUCAGGCUAUGGUGUUCCUCAUCACUAUCAACAUCAGCAGCAACAGCAACAGCAUUUGCACUCUUAUAUAUAUAACUCUUCGCCUUCUUUGAACAUUACUACUACCACCUCCUCAGCGCCAUCCUAUGGUUUCAACCCGGCGUCGUGUCAUGGUUUGUUUCAACAGAGAUAUAAUAACACUGGAGGAGGUCAUUCCUCUAAUUUGGCCGCUUCUAAUUUGCUUAGAGACCACGGACUUCUUCAGGAUAUGCUGCCAUCGCAGAUUCGAAAAGAGACUAAGGAAGGGUAGACGGAAGGAAGGAUAUUGAUGAUUGUUUUAAGUGUUGUUAAUUCCUGGUAUGUAAUUCUCUGACUGAUGACUACUUCGAUCUGUUUGGGGUUCAUCUUUAGAAAGACUAAGCAUUCGAUCACUGCUUCAUAUCGAUCACCAUUUUCGCUCUGUAAAAUUAAUCUCUAGCAGUACUCACUAGCCUUUUGGGCUACUAGUAGUUUCCGUACUUUAUAUUCAGCUAGCUUUUAAUGUUAUUCUUUGUACUUAGAGAUGAUAUAUAUAUAUCUUCAUGGAGCGAGCUAGUUUAUUAAUUAA